AUGGCGACCAUCAACUACCCUACCCUUCCCGACAAACUCCUUCUCAUCUCACUCAAAAUGUACUUCUCUCCCGAACGCACGCUCAGUUACCUCCGCAGCAUCCUCGACCCCGCCAACGAGAUUGUGCACCCGCGCCAUCGAGACCAGCUCCUCCUUGCCCUCAUCCCCGACUUUCUCACCCUGUGGCCCUGCGCGGAGAUCCUCAAGGCAUACGAGACCCAGCUCGCAGAGUCAGGCGUCUCCGUGUCACCACCGCCGUUCUUGUUCGGCGCUCAAGAUUGCAUGUGGGAGGACUACGGCGCAUUCACCGGAGAGGUCUCCCCCGCCGCGAUCAAGUCACUCGGGUGCUCCAUCGUGGAACUGGGCCACGCCGAACGCCGCGCGAUCUUUGGAGAGACGGACGAGCAGACUGCCCGCAAGGCGGCCGCGACUUGUGCGCAGAGCAUGGUACCUCUCGUCUGCGUGGGCGAAGUCACCGCGCCGGGAGCGGUGGCCUCGGAGGCGGUCGGACACGCAGUCUCCGAAUGCGCGGUUCUCGUGCGCGCGGUGCUGGCUGCGAUUCCUCGCGAGGCGCCUGUGAUCUUUGCGUAUGAGCCCGUGUGGGCCAUUGGGAAGCCCCAGCCCGCGGGGGUGGACCACGUUGCUGCCGUCGUGGAAGGGAUUCGGGGAGUCAUUGGCACGCGACCGGGUGCCGUGCGGGUGCUGUACGGUGGGAGCGCUGGGCCGGGGCUCUGGGGCGCUGGGGGACUCGGGAAAGCUGUUGAUGGGAUGUUUCUCGGUCGAUUUGCGCAUGAAGUGGGAGGAGUGCGCAAGGUCGUGCAUGAGGUGGAAGAGUCCUUGGGUCUGACUUGA